AUGAAGUUUGGCAAUCGAUUUAAAAAGCAACAACCAUUAAUUUCCGAUGAUAUCUACUUAGGAGGUAGUGAUAGCAUCAAUACGGAGCGUGCCCGUGUUGUACCCAGUCCCGUAGGGUGGGAUCAUCAGAAUGAUGAAGGUUCUCCCUCCAAGAAAGGACUACACGUACUAAAGAAACUGAAUUGUGGAGCUGCCAUGAACAAAGACCGGUAUGAGGACAAUCACUAUCCAGGAUUCAAUCCUCAGCAUACCUAUAGACCCACGUAUGUCACGCCUCCCGUCGUCCAAGAAUCAUCCUCCCAUCGCAAGGAACACACACAACAAUCGGCGCUUCGAAAGAUCAACAAGAAUCGCAAAGACACAUCCGCUGCAGUCCGCCCAGUCCUCAUUACUGUUAAUGAUGGUGAUUUGGGUGAACAAGAGCACACUUUCAACCAACCGCAGCAAAAAUUAGAAUUCAAGAGCACCUUUUUGGUGGGACCCGGCGGAACCACGGAAGAUCCAAUGAAUCGUCCUCCUCGCAAUGUGACUCCUGAAAAGGAGGAACGCAAGCCCAAAGCAUGUGUCAUGACGCCACGACGCUUACAGGGAAGUGAUGCAUCAUUUGAAGGAGAAAAUGCCAAUCGCAACCGUCUCGUCCCCAAAAGUCCACACCAACAUAUGGCCAGUAGGGAAAUGGAAGACAUGGAGGAGCUACAGAAGAACAAGGCCCGGAAAACUCGAUGGAAACGAGGCAUGGAGCGCAGCUGGAAGGAUGAUAGUGACUUGGUUUCUGCAUCGGCCUUUGGGGAAGAGUCGACCGCUUUUAGUUCGUACUUGACAUAUGACGAGUCCGAUUACGAUUCGUAUACGGAGGGCAGUUUGGGUUCUUCGCAAUGGACGGGAUAUACUGGAAGAUCUACAAAAGAUAAUCGAGGGGGACGUCGAUCGAAAUCAUUGAGCCGACGAAGAGCACGAGGGGGCGUAUUUGAGAGCGUUGCCGAAGAUUUGGGAGUUAUGGCCAGUAUGCUACUUUCGGAUGGAACCUCUUGUAUUUCGGGUGCAGUGGAUAUUACUCGGGAAACCAUUGUCAGCUGCAAACAAAAUUAA